AGUCUAUUCCAAAUGAGAUCAGCCUUGCGCGGCAACCAGUUUUCGUCCGGAGGCGGUUCUGGCUCCCCCACCUAGUAGUUGUUCGACUGGAGCUCUACCAGCGGCGGCGGCCGAUGUCGACGCCGCCGGUAUGUGUGUAUCGUGUUUACGUGCCUGGCGCCUGCAUUUAACGACUCGACGCCUUCGUGUUUGCCGCUGAAUUACGCGCCUGUCCGUUUUAUUUUACUGAUUUAUUUGUUUGUUAUUGAAAUUGUGUUUUGCAUAUUGUAUAAUGAGUGAUAAUAACGAAAUAAAUACGGGUGAUAUCCCUGAAAUAGAAGGUUGUAUGCCUCUGCAGCCUGAAGAAGGUGUACCUACUACUUCUCCAAAAACAAAAAAUAAAAAUGGAAAAUUUGUGUCCAGUCGUCAAAAAAUAAUGAUAGUCAAUAUUUAUAAAGAUAUCAUUUCUAAUACACCAGACAAAAAAUAUGGGGACAUUAUUAACCGUAUUAGAGAGUUAACUGGUUUGGGACGAGACACAAUAAGGAAUACCAUCAGCGAAUAUAAAACGACGAAAACAGUAUCAUCUCCUAACAGAAAAAGAUUAAAGGCUUCACUAUUUGAAAAAAUUGAUGAUCUGGACCGCACAGGAUUACGUCGGACAAUUCAUUCUAUUUGGUUAAAACGUGAACUACCAACUAUCGAUCGAAUUUUAUUCGAUGUAAACGCAGAUCCAUCGCUUCCAAAUUUUAAAAGGACGUCUCUGUAUCGGGUUAUCAAAAAAUUGGACUUCGUAUUUACAAAAAGAAAAAGGUGCAGUGUGCUGACCGAGAGGGAGGACUUAAUUGUUUGGCGUCGUAAGUAUUUAUACGACAUUCGGAAAUAUAGAGCUGAAGGUCGAUCUAUAUAUUAUCUGGAUGAAACAUGGUUGAACGCCGGCGAUUGUGUCGAUCGUGUUUGGAAGGACAAUACGGUUCUCUCUAAACACGAUGCAUUCAACAAAGGUCUUUCAACCGGUUUACCAAAUCCAUCAGGUAAAGGGAAACGACUCAUUGUAUUACACAUUGGGUCAGAGCAUGGUUUUCUGCCAGGUGGCCUACUAUGUUUCGUUUCCAAAAAAAAUACAGGAGACUACCACGACGAGAUGAAUGGGGAUAACUUUAAACAGUGGUUUGAGUCCAUUAUCCCUGUACUCGAUCCAAAUUCAAUCAUCGUCAUGGACAAUGCGCCGUACCAUUCAGUAGAGCAAGAAAAAUAUCCAAAUAGUUCUUGGAAAAAGGCUGAUAUAUUGGAGUGGCUCAUUUCCAGAGACGUUGUUCGUGAACGACCGCUAUCGUCAUUGUUGAAGCCCGAACUUCUGGCGAUAUCAAAAGAAAUGCGACCACAACAAAAAUCGUAUGUAAUCGACAACUUGGCAAAAGACAACGGGCACACCGUACUCCGAUUGCCACCGUACCAUUGCGAAUUCAAUCCCAUUGAAUUAGCAUGGGCGAUGGUAAAAGGAUACGUGAAACAAAAAAACACGACUUUUAAAAUCGACGAUGUUCGCCAACUGCUAAAUACAGCGAUUGAAAGGGUUACACCUGAAAACUGGAAAAACUUUAUAAAGCACGUAAUUGAAGAAGAGGACAAAAUAUGGAAAGCGGACGAUAUCAUGGAUGAAUUGAUAGAUGCAAUGGAACCUUGUAUUAUGACGAUAACAGGAGAAACAACCUCAACAGAUGAUUCGGAGUAAUUAAUUUUUAUUUUUUUAUCAUGUAUUAUAUUUUUUAUCAUGCUUUAUGUUUUAUCAUUUUUUUAUCAUGUAUUAUAUUUAUCAUUUUUUUUAUCAUGUAUUAUAUUUAUCAUUGUUUUAUCAUGUAUUAUAUUUUUUUAUCAUGCUUUAUGUUUUAUAAUUUUUUAUCAUGUAUUAUACUUUUUUUAUCAUGCUUAAAUAUAAUAAAUUGUUACUAAUUAAA